AAACAGCUAGUCUCCUCAAAUCUAUAGUGUGGAGUGUAAUAAUGCGGGAAAACAACUCGGUUUUUUCAAAUCCUGAUCUAGCAAAUUUUCAGGAAGAGGAACUGUUCUACGGAUUUGAGGAGAACAGUUCCCACGAGGUUCUACACCCUACUGAGUCCUUGAUAGACCCUGAGGAAGGCGGGAUACUUCUUGUUGUUCUCCUUCUAUGGAUUGGAUCUAUAGCGCUGUUUAUAAACAGGUGGAGUAAAUUUAGUCGUCUGGAGCCACAUUUACCAUUCUAUCAACCAGAGCCCCCUAUACUUCAGGACAUAGGAGAUCAUAGAUCCAGUUUGAUAUCCGAGUGUACAUUGUAUCAGACUAGGCGAAUGUCUAGGGUAUCACAGAUGGCGUAUGAGCAGCAUCGAAUCAAGUACAGUAAACAAGCUACAAAUAAACAGAUAAACAGGUUCCAGACCAAAUAUACACGAAGAAAAUCUAGUCCUUUGCCUGAUGUAUCAGCAUUAAUCAAAGAUGGUGGUUCUAACAGACGGCAAUCCAUUGCCCACAUAUACUCUGGAAAUCCAAAUAGAGUCCGCACAAGUGUAGUUCCAGUUUCUACCGCCAGGAAACAAAGUGCGCACAACGGAAACGCGUCCAUGUUGUGUGAAACGAAGAGAAGCAAUUCUAUGGGGAACUUUAAAUCAUUUCUGCAUCAGAAAAAAUCGCAUAGUUUUGCUGAUAUUCUACUGGAGGUUGCUGAGGUUUAGCUACCUUUAGUCCAUGGAGUAAUAAAGGUGGGGCCAGGUGUCGGGGGAUAUUUGGGAAUAAAAUAAAAUACAGGGUGUCUCCAAAAGCAUGCACAUCCUAGUUCGAUUUUUGUUUCAAACAUUUUCUACAUCUACAUUUACGCAACGUUUCCAAAAGAUGAAAACUAAUAAGAGAAGUCUGCAGCACAAAUAUUAAAGAAGUCUUGACAGAUUGAAGUUUGUCAUUUUGGUUUGGUUGAAAAUUUUAUAUUGACAAUGAUUAUUGAGAUAAUUAAUAUUAAAAGUAAAAGAAAAACUUGAUU